AGAUCUCAGAUCAGCAAUUGGAGACGCACACAUCUAGUUCACUCUUGAGACAUAACAAACGAAGCGGUUCUUUAAUGUAAAUGUCCAUUUAUUGUACCGUUUGUAUGAUUUGACAUUUUUGCUAGUAUUGUUCGUUUUUACGUAGGCAAAAUGUAGAAUGUCAUUUUAUGUAAGGUGGAAGAAAAUAACUCUAGUUAACCAGUCGGUCAGUUGACAGCGCUCUGGGGGCUCAAAGAAUCAGUUAUAGAUUUGUCUUUUGGGACAACCAUCUCUGAUCCAGUGAGAUGGGGAACCAGCUGGCUGGAAUUGCUCCAUCACAGAUACUUUCAGUGGACAGUUACUUUUCUGACAUCCAUGAUUAUGAAUAUGACAAAAGUCUGGGCAGUACGCGAUUUUUCAAAGUGGCCCGGGCGAAACAUAGGGAAGGAUUGGUUGUGGUUAAGGUCUUUGCGAUCCAGGACCCCUCUUUGCCCCUGACCAGCUACAAGCAAGAGCUAGAGGAGCUGAAAAUCAGACUGCAUUCCUGUCAGAACUGUCUGCCUUUUCAAAAAGCCACACUUACUGAAAAAGCAGCCAUACUAUUUCGGCAGUAUGUUCGAGAUAACUUGUAUGACCGUAUCAGUACUCGGCCGUUUCUCAACAACGUGGAGAAGAAGUGGAUUGCCUUCCAGCUCCUCAAUGCCGUGGACCAGGCCCAUAAAUCUGGCGUGCGUCAUGGUGACAUUAAAACAGAGAAUGUUAUGGUGACAAGCUGGAACUGGGUGCUUCUCACAGACUUUGCUAGUUUUAAACCUACAUACUUGCCUGAAGACAACCCUGCAGAUUUCAACUACUUCUUUGACACAUCCAGAAGGAGAACGUGCUACAUUGCUCCAGAGAGAUUUGUUGAUGGCAGCAUGUUUGCCACCGAAAGUGACCAGACAACACCGCUUGUGGAUCUCUCCAGCAAUAGCCAAAGGACCAGGGGAGAACUCAAGCAGCCCAUGGAUAUAUUCUCAGCUGGUUGUGUGAUUGCAGAAUUGUUCACAGAGGGCGUCCCGCUCUUCGACCUCUCACAACUGCUGGCUUACCGUAAAGGACAUUUCCAGACUGAACAAGUGCUGAUGAAAAUUGAGGAUCACAGUAUUAGAGAACUGGUAGCACAAAUGGUGCAGCGAGAGCCGGAAAAGCGCCUGGCAGCUGAAGAAUACCUGAAGCAGCAGCGAGGCAAAGCUUUCCCAGAAAUCUUCUACACCUUCCUUCAGCCCUACAUGGCCCAGUUUGCCAAGGAGACCUUCCAGUCUGCUGACGAAAGGGUGUUGGUGAUCCGUAAGAACCUGGAGAACAUCCUCAAUAACCUGUGCAGUGGCGGGCAGACGGGGAAGGCUGAAAAGCAGGAGAAGGCGUCUCAGGAGCUUAGUUCAUCCAAGGAACAAGGGCUGGUGGUGCUGGUGUCAGUGAUUACAUCCUGCCUGCAGACGCUGCGCUUUUGCGACUCCAAACUGGCAGCUCUGGAGCUGAUCCUUCAUCUGGCAGGCCGGCUAAAUGUGGAGAUUCUGCUGGACAGGAUCACACCGUACUUGCUGCAUUUCUGCAAUGACUCGAUGCCGCGCGUCAGGGCCGAGGCUGUUCGCACACUGACUAAAGUGCUGGCGCUGGUCAAGGAGGUUCCUCGCAAUGAUGUCAAUAUCUACCCAGAAUACAUUUUACCUGGGAUUGCCCACUUGGCUCAAGAUGAAGCAACGAUUGUCAGACUUGCUUAUGCAGAGAACAUAGCACACUUGGCUGAGACAGCACUGCGUUUUCUGGAGCUGGUGCAGGAGAAUAAUUUGAGCUCUGAACAAGACCUCAAUGGAGAGGACACAGAAGAAACUCUUCACCCCAAUGAAAACUAUGAUUCAGAGCUGCAGGCCUUGCAUGAGAUGGUUCAGCAGAAGGUGGUGACUUUACUGAGCGACCCUGAGAACAUUGUCAAACAGACGCUGAUGGAGAACGGCAUCACGCGCCUCUGCGUGUUCUUCGGCAGGCAGAAAGCCAACGAUGUCCUCCUCUCCCACAUGAUCACCUUCCUCAACGACAAAAAUGACUGGCACCUCCGUGGAGCUUUCUUUGACAGCAUAGUAGGUGUAGCAGCAUAUGUGGGCUGGCAGAGCUCCUCCAUCCUCAAACCUCUUCUGCAGCAAGGCCUGAGUGACGCUGAGGAGUUUGUCAUUUAUAAAGCUCUCAACGCUCUCACUUGCAUGUGUCAGCUGGGGCUACUGCAGAAGCCUCACAUCUACGAGUUCGUCAGUGAUAUUGCUCCUUUCUUGUGUCACCCCAAUCUGUGGAUCCGCUAUGGAGCCGUGGGUUUCAUCACUGUUGUCGCUCAGCACUUAAACAUUGCUGAUGUCUACUGCAAACUUAUGCCCCAUCUCAACCCCUUUAUCACACAGCCGAUUAUACAGAUUGAUAAGGAGAUUGUGUUGCUCAGUGUGCUGAAAGAGCCUGUUAGUCGCUCCAUCUUUGACUACGCGCUGCGUUCCAAAGACAUCGGAAGCCUCUUCAGACACCUGUUACUCCGCCAAAAAAAGCGCAAUGGCUUCAUCCCAGAAUGCCCUAUUCCCGAAGAUCCCGCAAUUGCACAGCUCCUUAAGAAACUUCUCUCACAGGGAAUGACGGAAGCUGAGGAGGACAAGCUCUUGGCUCUGAAAGACUUCAUGCUCAAGUCCAACAAGGCCAAAGCCAACAUCAUAGACCAAAGCCACCUGAGUGAUGGAGCCCUCAGUGGAGUCAUUGAUCUCGGUACACUGGGCAUCACUGGCCGACAGGUGGACCUGAUCAAGCCCAAGCAAGAGUCUGAAGACAAGAGAGACUUCAUCCCUUCUUCCUCUGCUCGGAAACAUACGAAACAGGACUCCAACUUGAACGAAGAGUGGAAGAGCAUGUUUGGUUCUCUGGACCCUCCCAGCUCGGCGGCGACUCCCUCGACGGUACCUAAUGUUCUAGUUCCGAGCGGUGGUGGGGAGCCAAAUGGAGCUCUGGCUGGAGAGCGCCUGCGAUCUGAGAGUUCCUCACAGACUCUUAACCUCCCUCAUGUUCCAUCCUCAGCCCAGGUGCCUGAGGCCGGAUCCGUGCAGCCCAGGAAAACCACAGCGCUCCCUACCAUUCAAGUGGUACAGUCCGUAACUGGAGCGUCUACGUACCAGCGCCGCAUCACCACGUGCAAGGCUGAGCUGCAACAGCUGGUGCAGCAGAAAAGAGAGCAAUGCAAUGCAGAGCGCAUGGCCAAACAGAUGAUGGAAAGCGCAGAGUGGGAGAGCAGGCCUCCGCUGCCAGGGUGGCAUCCAAAAGGUCUUCUAGUGGCCCAUCUCCACGAGCACAAAUCCGCUGUGAACCGAAUCCGAGUCUCAGAUGAGCACUCCAUCUUUGCUACAUGCUCCAAUGAUGGAACUGUAAAGAUCUGGGACAGCCAGAAAAUGGAGGGAAAGACGACCACUACAAGGUCUGUGCUGACGUACUCUCGGAUUGGAGGACACGUGAAAACGCUGACCUUUUGUCAGGGGUCGCAUUACCUUGCUGUCGCAUCAGAUAAUGGUUCCAUCCAGCUUCUUGCAGUUGAGGCAAACAAGCCACCCAAAUCACCCAAAGUCCAGCCCUGUCAGACCAGGUUCUUGGAUCCAAAGGAUGAGGGCUGUGUGGUGGACGUACAUCACUUUAACUCGGGGGCACAGACGGUUCUAGCCUACGCCACUGUGAACGGCUUUUUGGUGGGUUGGGACCUCCGCAGCAACAGCAAUGCUUGGACUCUCCGCCAUGAUCUGCGCCUAGGCCUCAUCACUUCCUUUGCUGUGGACAUGCACCAGUGUUGGCUGUGUGUGGGUACAAGUAAUGGCACAAUGGCAUGCUGGGAUAUGCGGUUUCAACUACCAAUUUCCAGCCACUCCCACCCAGCCCGAGCUCGAAUCAGACGCCUGCUGAUGCAUCCACUCUACCAGUCCUCUGUAAUUGCAGCUGUCCAAGGUAACAAUGAGGUGUCCAUGUGGGAUAUGGAGACUGGAGACAGGAAGUUCACCCUGUGGGCCAGCUCUGCACCUCCGCUUUCAGAGAUGCAGCCCUCUCCUCACAGUGUACAUGGGAUAUACUGCAGCCCUGCCGAUGGCAACCCUCUCCUACUUACAGCAGGAUCUGACAUGAGAAUCAGGUUUUGGGAUUUGGCCUACCCUGAGAGGUCAUACAUUGUCGCAGGCGGUGCUAAUGACUCUCUUCACUGCCCUUCUGUGUUCUACAAUCGCAAGAUCAUAGAAGGAACAGAAGUAGUACAGGAGAUCCACAGUAAGCAGAAGAGCGGAUCCACGGAGGACACGCCUCGCCGUGGCCCAGAAUCACUUCCUGUGGGCCACCACGACAUCAUUACUGAUAUUGCGACUUUCCAGACCACCCAGGGCUUUAUAGUCACCUCCUCUAGAGAUGGCAUUGUCAAAGUCUGGAAGUGAAAGACACACUGUGCCAAGGUGGGAUGACAUUGUUUGUAUGGAAGUCCAAUCAAGUGCAAUGUAAAUUUAAAUAUAAUGCCAAUUAAUAUAAUUCAGUCAUUUAGGAUCAAAUCCACUCUAAAAAUGAAAUGUAACUAUAUAAAACAGUGUAAUCCAGCAGUUUGUGUGUGAACAGUUUGCUUUGUGUUUUUGUUCUUUUGUGCAACUGCUUCAUGCGAUAUCAAGGUCAUAUAAUAUGGCCACACUGUAGAAAACGGGACAUGGCAUAGCUUAAAAGUAUUUGCAGGCUGUUUCACACAGUAGUUACACUUAUAGUGUUAUUUCUGCACAGCUAUGUAAACAUGUAGUUUUGUUUUAAGGCCUGAAUGCAAGACAUGGAAUGAAACUUCCAUUGUAAUCACUGUGCAAUAGGAUAUUACUGAUUAAAUGUGAUGAGAAAUA